CUGCUGUAUUAGUGGUGCUUAAGCAGAGUCCAUAUCCCUUUGUACUAAUAGCCCCGUCCUCAUUUGCUGGCUAAUUGGACUAUAUAAAGCCAAUAACAGGCGUGCGCUUACAGCCUAAAGCCAACGCGCAAAGUAUAGGGAGGGUGGACUCACUGCAAAACCAUUCUCUCUCUCUCUUUCUCUCCGUUUCCCCGCUCUUUCUUAAGCCAUUGUACGUGCCCAAGCGCCGUAUACUCUCCGCAUUUAACUUGGAUGACAUUUUUAUUUCAUCAUUAGCAUCUGGCGCCAGACUGACGCAGUGAACAUUGUACCAUUUUGUAGAGGAUCUCUAGAAGACUUGGAUGCAACAUUAUAUUUGAGCAUCAUCAUUAUUAUUAUUAUUAUUAUUAUUAUUAUUAUUAUUAUUAUUAUUAUUAUUAUUAUUAUUAUUAUUAUUAUUAUCUAUAUUGAUAGCGGAUUGCGCGCGGAAGUAUUUUUAACGGCACUGAAGAACUACAACAACAUACGAAGAUUACCGGAAACAUCGUUCUAUAUUUGUAUGGUCUGAGACAUCGACCACCAACAACACACAACAAUGCCUGAGACAGCGCAAGAAAACUCAAGUCAACCCAAGGAGUCUCCUUUUUCCAUAAAGAACCUACUGAACUGUGAUAGCAAACCACCCAAGCCAAAGACUCUGUUUUCCCCGGUAAAAGGGGCACUGGAAGGCGCUAGUUUCGCUUUCUCUCAAAUGGGGGACCUCGGCUUUCCCAGGUUUGACGUACCUGCUCAGAGGUUUGCGCUGCCAGCGCACUACUUAGAAAGAGCUCCGGCUUGGUGGUAUCCCUACACCCUCGCAUCUGCAGGCCACUUACACAGAACAGAAGUUAUCGAAAAGGCCAGUGUCAGAGACUCGUCUCCGGCAUCGGGCACCGAUCGAGACUCGCCCGACCCGGUUCUUAAAUCCGACCAUGACACAAAAGAGAACGACUCCAACAAAAGCACAGAAGAAAUCGUCCUGGAAGAGAGCGAUUCGGAAGAACCAAAGAAAGACGAUAAUCUGGACGACUGGAAGAAAAGGGAGGACAGCCCGGACAAGAAGCAGUGUAGGAAAAAGAAAACGCGCACCGUCUUUUCCCGCAGUCAGGUGUUUCAACUGGAGUCCACGUUUGACAUGAAAAGGUACUUGAGCAGCUCGGAAAGGGCCGGUCUGGCGGCUUCCCUGCACCUAACAGAGACCCAGGUCAAAAUCUGGUUCCAGAACAGAAGGAAUAAGUGGAAACGACAAUUAGCGGCAGAGUUGGAGGCUGCCAACCUGAGCCACGCCGCUGCGCAGCGGAUAGUGAGGGUGCCCAUUCUGUACCACGAGAACUCUGCUUCAGAAACUGGAAACUCAACGGGUAACGUGCCAGUCAGCCAACCACUCCUCACCUUUCCACACCCAGUAUACUACUCACAUCCCCUAGUCACAUCGGUACCGCUGCUACGACCUGUGUGAGGGCUGUGUUUUUAUUUUAUUAUUACUAAUAAUAUUAUAACUAUACCACUAUUAUUUUUGUAAAAAAAAAAAAAAAAAAAAAAAAAAAAAGCUUGUAGAUUUGUGUUUCCAAAGCCAAGGAGCAGCUAUACAUUUUCAGUAAUUGUUUGUAAGCAUCAACUGAUUUGUGCAAUUUAUAAAUAGACGCCAAUUCGUUGUUGUUGUUGUUGUUAUUGAUGUCCUGUGUUUUUGUAUUUCUUUCUAUUAUUAUUAUUAUUAUUAUUAUUAUUAUUAUUAUUAUUAUUAUUAUUAUUAUUAUUUGGGCAUUUCACAUUGUUAAAUGUACAUAAUUGUUUUUGUUUUUUGUAUAACUGAAACCAAUGCUAUAUACUGAGUUUCAUGUAAAAAGCUUUUUAAAAUGUGAGGUAUAAGGAAUUACAAAUUUGCCAAAUAAUAAUUUUACCUGAAGAAAUGCCUUUAUUUCAUCACGUUUUUAAUUUUUUUUUUGUAUUUGAUUCCCCGUUUUAUAAAUCGUUCCCUUACAGCAAGUGACUUCUUUAUUCAAAGGGUUUUAAAUACUGAAUGCAAAUUAAGUAUCCAUGAAGCUGUAGUUUUUAGUGCAAAGAGGGAUUGUUCAAAUCCGCAUGACUUUCAUUGACAUUUUUGUAAUUUUGUAAGCCGGUGACUAUUUAACUAAAUAAUACAUUUUUAAGAUUAUAUCAGUUGUUGAACAGCUGUAUUUUUUUUAGUUUACUUAAUUUGCUUUCAUGUUUUAUUUUAUAACAACAACAACAAGAAUAACAACAAUAACAACAACAAUAAUAAUAAUAAUAAUAAUAAUAAUAAUAAUAAUAAUAAUAAUAAUAAUAAUAAUAAUAAUAAUUAUUAUUAUUAUUAUUAUUAUUAAGAGUUUUCAGUGUGAUGAGGGAAGAAAUGAGUUGUAUGUUUUCCUUGUUUUGGGGGUAAACGGAAUUAUUGUAUAUUUUAUUGUCUUGUGUUAAUUUGUUUUAUAUCUGUGCAAUAUUGUACUAAAUCUGUUAAAGCACUCUUCAGUAGCCUAAUGGAACGUUUCACUGUAUAAAAAUGUGUUCAUGGUUAAACUGGAAUACUGAAAACCUAUAGGAAGACAUACAUAGCACUGACAGCAUAUACGUUCAGGCGCUUUAACUGAAGGACAAUCAGAAAUACUUUAUUUUUAAAUUAAUUUAAUAAAUGUAUUGUUUUAAUUGUAAAAAUAAAAAAAACCCCUUUUGUUCCAAAAGUGGGAAUUUACUUGAACAUAAUCAUGAACUGAAAUUUCAGUGUGUUUGUGCUUCUUUUUCUGAAUAGUUGUUGUAUAGAAAUAGCUUACUACACAAAGAAAAUAUUCUGUGUAAACGUCCCUUUGCGUAGGACAACUGACGUGACUUUUUAUUUUAUUUUAUUUGCUAUUGUAUUGCUGAAUUAUGAUGUGAAAUAAAUUGAG